AUGGCGGAGAACUCUUCUUCAGAUCAAGAAAAAGAUGAUCCCUCCUUCACAGAGUUGCUCAAUUUGCUUAAAGACGAGCCGGAUUUCGAGAAGACUAUGAGAGAGCUGAUACAAGAAGUUGUAACUCAACGGAAGGCAGCUAGUCAAAGAGCGCUCAAUUGGGCAAAGAAAGCGGACAAAACUGGUGCGGCGAAUACCGGAAAGAAGAAUGUUUUAUCGCCUGUUCGUGGCACUGAUGGAAGUGUUAAACCACAAAAGAAUAGAAACCGGAAAACGAAGCUAAAGGCAAGGCACUACAAAGAAAUGGCGAACAUCAUGCUCAAAUUUCCCGAGGAAGCCUUUGAGAAACGAAAUGGCUUUGUCAAGCAACUUUACGUUUGUGCAAACAUGCAAUGGAAGUCCUACGAGAAUUGGGAAAAAAAAAUCGAAGAUUAUCUCGAUAAUCAUCGGAACGGAGACAAAACGGCAGUACUCACUAGUAAAAGAGAAAAACUGGAGAUCACGAAGCUUAGAGAGCUAAAAGAAAGCUUGGAUUUGAAAUUUGAAGCCGUUAACUCCAAGAUUGAUGUUCUGCAUGAAAUGUUGACAAAGCUAAUGAAAAACGAUGUGAAAGAAGGCAUCGAAAAUCGAGAUAAAGAGACAGACCAAAAGCCCGAGAUUAAAAAGGAACCGUCGAGU